AUGAAAAGUGAUACAGCAAUAGUAGAGAAUAGUGAUACUUCUCAAAUUAAUGUUGAUAUGACUAGUUUAAAGACUGAAUUAUUUAGAACAAAGGCUAAUUAUGAUUUAAGAUUUAAUGUCAAAUUAUCUAAUGAUGAUAAUAAUGAUAAUAAUGAUGAUACUAAUAUUAAUGAAAAGAUUUAUGGAAUAGGAUUCUUUUUAUCAUUUAAUCUUAAUGACUCUUUCUUUUUAUUUGGUGAAAAUUCAUAUUCAUCACUUACUAUUAAUCAUCCUAUUGUUUCUAUUGAAUACAAUGAUUAUCUACAAAUAUUAUUAAAUAAUAUGCCAUUUGGUCUUCAAAGAAUUUUUGGAGAUUUAACUUUCUCUAAUGUUCUCAGUAUAGUAAGUUAUGAUUAUAAUGAAACUACUGGUUCAUGUUUACUUAGAAAUUAA